UAGAAUUAUACACCAGUAUCGUUUAUUUCAGUCUCUUGUAAAGAAGCAGAGCUAUAUCUUUUCUUACGAUUAAAAAUUAUUUGUAUCGACUAACAGCAAAAUGGUAUCUACAAAAGUAAUUUUUACUUUGUGUAUUGUAACCGUAACAAUACUUCAGAUUUACGGUAAGCCAGCCGUACUUCCAUCAAACUUAAUUAACCAGGUUGAAAAUUCAUUCAAAAAUUUUAACAUUAAAGUUAAAGAUGUCAUGAAUUCAGACAAAGUUGAUAUGGUUAAAAAAAAGUUAAACACUUACACUAACGAAUUGAACAAUAACAUCAAAUCCUUUUCAAAAACUAUCGAAAAUUCUGAACUUGGCAAACAGGCAAAUAAGCAAUUGACAUCAGCAAUAGAAAUUUACAACCAUAACGUUCCAGCUACUUUAUCAACACAAAAAGUGAACGAAAGGCUUGAAAAUACGUGGAAAUCUGCAAAUGAAUUUUUUAAGAAAGUUUAAUUGAUUUGAUAAUUAUAGAUUUUGUAUUGCUAAA